GCUACUGAGGAAAACCCUGCUUCGCAAACCGCCACUGUAGGCGUUUGGAUUGAUGCAGGUUCGCGUGCCGAGAAUGUGAAGAAUAAUGGAUCCGCCCAUUUCCUGGAACACAUGGCUUUCAAGGGCACGAAUCGACGUACGCAACGUGAUCUUGAACUACAAAUCGAAAACAUGGGUGGCCAUUUGAACGCUUAUACCUCGCGCGAACAAACACACGACGUACCGCAAGCGGUCGACAUUCUAUCCGACAUUUUACAAAACUCCCGUCUAGAUCCAGGUGCCAUUGAACGUGAACGUGACGUUAUCUUGCGCGAACAAGAAGAAGUGGAAAAGCAAAUGGAGGAAGUUGUGUUUGACCAUUUGCACGCCACAGCCUUUCAAAAGGAGCCGCUCGGUCUGACCAUCUUAGGCCCCAAAGAAAACAUUCAAUCAUUGACGCGUAACGACUUGUCUUCAUAUAUCAAAACCAAUUAUACUGGCGAACGAAUGCUUUUGGUGGGCACUAAUGAUUCCAAAGCGAAGCACCCAACUAUUGGUCUUUAAAGACGCAUUGAAGUUUUUGUUCGUUUGGAAGGUAGUUAUUUAUCGCAUGAUACUCGAGGACUACAUUUGAUGCAUAGGCAACAGUUACACUAAUAAUUAAUUGUUAAAUCUGUUAUAUAGAAUCAACUACUGAGCAUGGUUGCAAGUAUCGAUAGAAAUACCAACAAGGACGCUCUUCGUGGCAUAGUAAAAGUCACGGACAACGGCAACAACUCCUUAAAGAUUCCGCCAGUGCUUAUAACAAUCCCAAAAUCUCGUAAACGAGCAUAUCAUCAAGCAAACCAC